CCUUCUUUGUUUGGAUUUUACAUUUCACAUGGACCCUUAUCUGUGCAUCUUCUUCCUCACUCCCUUCUUCCCGUCCUGCUGUGCCUGGUCAGUGAAUAAUUUCCUGAUGACGGGCCCCAAGGCCUAUCUCAUCUACUCCAGCAGUGUGGCAGCCGGGGCACAGAGUGGCAUUGAGGAGUGUAAGUUCCAGUUUGCCUGGGACCGCUGGAACUGCCCUGAGAGGGCACUGCAGCUCUCCAGCCACGGUGGGCUGCGCAGUGCAAAUCGAGAAACCGCUUUCGUCCAUGCCAUCAGCUCUGCAGGUGUCAUGUACACACUGACCCGGAACUGCAGCCUGGGGGAUUUUGACAACUGUGGCUGUGAUGACUCCCGCAACGGACAGCUGGGGGGGCAAGGCUGGCUGUGGGGAGGAUGCAGCGAUAACGUGGGCUUUGGGGAAGCCAUUUCCAAGCAGUUUGUGGAUGCCCUGGAGACUGGACAAGAUGCCAGAGCUGCUAUGAACCUGCAUAACAAUGAGGCAGGUAGAAAGGCUGUAAAAGGGACCAUGAAGCGGACUUGUAAAUGCCACGGCGUGUCGGGCAGCUGCACCACCCAGACAUGCUGGCUGCAGCUGCCCGAGUUUCGGGAGGUUGGCACUUACCUCAAGGAGAGGUACCACAAAGCCCUAAAGGUGGAUUUACUGCAGGGGGCAGGGAACAGUGCUGCCAGCCGGGGUGCCAUUGCUGAAACCUUCAGCUCCAUCUCCAAGAAGGAGCUGGUCCAUCUAGAAGACUCUCCUGACUACUGCCUGGAGAACAAGACACUGGGGCUACUGGGCACAGAGGGCAGGGAGUGCCUGAAGAGGGGCAAGGCUCUCAGCAAGUGGGAGAAGCGGAGCUGCCGGCGGCUGUGUGGGGACUGUGGGCUGGCGGUGGAGGAGAGGCGAGCCGAGAUGGUAUCCAGCUGCAACUGCAAGUUCCACUGGUGCUGUGCCGUGCGGUGUGAGCAGUGCCGCAAAAGGGUCACCAAGUACUUCUGUGUCCGCAAGGAGAAGCGAGAACGGAGUGGGGGUGGUGGGUCCAGCCGCAAACUCAAGAGAAAGCUCUAACUCAACUCUACUUCUCCAUAGUCCUGUCUGCCUCUCUCCUCCUGCUUUCCCCUUUUCCCCAGCAGCCCCCAGCACCAUUUCCCUUAGGCUUAGUUUUGUCUCAUUCCCAAUACUGCCUCACUGGAGCUUGGGCAAGGCAAAAGAGCUUGCAUGAGCUCCUAGGCCUUGGCCAUACAGGGCAUUUCCCAUCAGUGUAGUGGGUGAUGACUCCUGGGAAGACCCUCAAGUGUUGACAAAAUAGGUGAGAUCUGGUUCCUUCAAGUCAGUCACUCUAUCCAGUAACUGUGGUUUUAUUCCUGAAAACACAGCUGGUCUUGGCUCCUGCUCUCUUGAGCUUCUUUAUUCCCCAGGCAAGCACCUGCUCUGGGCUUUUGAGUGAGAUCAACCCUUGAGGAAGCUUGAGGAAGCAUGAGGAAGCUGAGAGAUGGCACCAGCAGACCUGGGCUGCUCAGAGUGGUGAUCCCUAAAACAGAAGCAGCUUCUAUUGUGCUAAAAAAAUAGAGACACUAAAAUAAAUUUUAUUAAGGCCUGCACUCUGAAGGAAGAAAAAAAGGUGUGCAACUCCUUCCUGCAGCAAGCCAGCUUCCAGGUCCACAGCAUCACUUCCCAUCCUUUGACAGCUUUGCUAAGCUCUCCAGUGUUUACUUUGCAUUUGAGAUGGCAGCAGCAGGACUGAAACUGCUGCUUGACUUGCCCAUUAAAUAGCUGUCCAAAAGGAGUCCCAUCACUUGCUUUUUACGUGCUUUCUCUGUGUGUUCUAUGCCUCCAAGUCCAAUCUCCCUUUCAACCCCAGCAUCCCUGCCAAAGCCCUUGAUUGAUGCCAUAAAGAUGCCCUCACACUUCUCCAGUGCCUCUUCCCUCCUAUGUCUCUCCCCAAGAGAAGCUGCCAGCUAAGCCCAUUCCCCACCUCCUGGUAUACUUGCCAAGCACUCUUACCCUGUCAGCUAACUAACUAAAUACUUCCUCCUAGUCUAAGAAAAUGUCAGUUACUAUUUAAUGGUAUUGUAAAUAGGAAAGUGAAGCACUUUGAAGUUUAAUUUAUUGCACAGUUACUGUGAUGUAUACAUAACAGUUUUUCCUCUACUCUUAUUGUAUAUAUUUUUUUAAUAGGCUAAGCAAGCAGCAGGAAGAUUCAGUUGGUGCAUCUCUGUUCCCUUGCCAUGGUUGGAGUAGGGAGGGAAGAUGCUGUCAGCUGCAGGGCCUGGGGAAGCUCACUGCACCAUCACAGCAACCUCCCCUAGGCUGUGAAGUUAUCGUCUACUUUGCUGUUUGAAGUGUUCUUUAGACAGAUGAGAAGCCAGCAAAGCUAAGUAGCUGGCCCUUAGACCUGUCUUUGUACCCAAUGUUUGUAAACCAAUAGUAAAUGCAAUAAAUCAGUAGCCAAGUGCUUGCAAAAUGCUGUUAUGUCUAAGUAUUUGGGUGUUUUUUUCAUCCAAUUCUAUAUGUGGAUCUAUGCAGUUACAGUUCUGGAGACUAAAACCCAGCUGUUUACCCAUCCAUUGACCAGUUCCUUCCACAUAGCACCAGCGCAACCCCUGCCAGAAGAGGAAAGGGCUUGCUCUCUCCUUGAGCUUGUCUGAGGUUGAAUCCAACGGCAAUGCAGCUGCCACAGAAAAACAGGGUAGGAGGGAGGCAGACAGGGGUCCACUUCAGAGGUGAUACAUUAAAGACUCUCAGUAGUUUGUAUGUGUCUCUUAGUUAUCAAACACUCCCUCAAUCCCAGGACUACUUUCCUGUUUGUGGUGAAUUUGGACCUAUGGCAAGCUGGCGUCUCACCAGUGCAAGAACAUUCAUGUCAAGCAAGAAUCUGGCCCCUCAAAAAUUGCAAGGAACAGUCUUGUUCCAUUCACACAAAAAGUUGAAACACUUCUUCACACACAAGCCACCAGCUCGUUUCCCUGGUGCCUCUGCCAGCAGUUCCUCCAUCUCUUUGUGGACAGGAAGGCAAAGAGGUGGUCAGGGCCUCUCACCCAGGAGGGAAAGCUCCAGCAUCGGCUGGCUUGAGGACUGCUGCACGGCAGAGAGGACAGCUUCUACCUCCUUGUCCCUCUGUGCCACCCGUUUCACAGACAGCUGGAAACAAGAAAAUGAGAAGACAUGGAAGCUGUCGCCCAUUUUACUCUCCUUCCCCAGCACAUGGCAGCCUGUGCUAUCCUGUCCCUCUCUGGUGACAUUAUUCAAAGAAUCAUAGAAUAGUUUGGGUUGGAAGCUCAUCUAGUUCCAGCCUCCUUGCACAGGCAGAAACACCCCACCAGACCAGGCUUCCCAAGGCCCCAUCCAACCUGGCCUUGAACACUUCCAGGGAUGGGGCAUCCACAGCUUCCCUGGGCAACCUGUGCCAGUGCCUCACCACUCUCGUGAAGAAAUUCCUCCACAUGCCUACCCUAAAUAUGCCCCUCUCCAGUUUAUACCCAUUGCCCCUGUCCUAUCAUUACAAGCCUUUGUAAACAGUCCCUCCCCAGCAUUUUUGUAGCCCCUUCAGGUACUAGAAGGUCGUUAUAAGGUCUCCUUGAAUCCUUUUCUUCUCCAGGCUGAAGAACCCCAAUUCUCUCAGCCUGUCAACCCCACAUGGUUGCCCAGCGAAGGCUCUGCCCACUGGGCACGGUGAUGCCCGCUGGUGACGGGACGCGCGGGGAGCAUUAGGAGCCGGGGCCCCAGCACCACACGCUUCUUUUUUUUCUGGGAGAAAAUGGCGACGCCGCAGCUGCAAAAUGUGCUGAUCUCAGCAGCGGGUUGGAGCCCAGAGGGGUUCCCCCUCCCUGGCACAAGGAGCCCUUAGUGGUAAAGGCACUGCUGCCAUUGUGUGGCAGGAUUGGAUGCUUCCACGUAUUCAUUUCGGUUUAAUGAAGGCACAUUCCUCAGAGGAGAAAUAUUUACAUUCAGCUUCCCAGGUGGUCACCUUCGCCCAGAUGACACACAAACAGGCAGCCCCUUCACUCCCUUUUCCAAUCCAAACCUCUUCAGAGGGCUCAGGGAGGAGGGGAGCAAGGGGAGGGGGGCUACAGGGGGAGCAGAAUAGAGAAGGGAACAAAAUGCUAAUGAAUCAGCUAGCCAGCCCUUUUCCCCUCCCCUCUGUGGAGUCAAUGGAAAGUGUCAUUUCACAUGCUAAUCCCCCUCCGCUCUCUUCACAACACCUUUUCCGAAAAGUGUUUGGGAAAAGUCCUUGUGGCCCGUUUACAGCUCCCUGCCGCUUCGGAUUCCUUCUUGUCUAAGGCCGUGGCCCCGUGUGGGUCUCUCCCUCCAGCAGGGCUCCUUACAAAAAAAAUCUCAACAAAGACUUUGGAGUUCAUCAGCCUCCCACUGAAAUUCACAGCUGCUGAACAAACUAAUCCCCUCUCUUGGCCUUUCUUCCUUUCAAUGAGUUCUUGGCUUCAAAGACACUUUGGGAAAGGACUUUGUGGGGACUCACACUGCUCCCUCAAUAGAAGUUAGUGCAAGCAUUAUCUUCAGAGCAAGUGGCUUUACAAACAAAUACUGCCUAACAAUCUCUGCCCCUCCAGCUCCCCCAAACACACACAAGCCUAGCCUGCAGACAUGAUGUUAUCUGCAACAGGAUUAGAGCUCUGUUCUCUAUGCCCAGGGAUCUUUUCCUACAACCCCCCCCAAUUCUUUGUUAACCCAAAGGCCUUUUCACCCAACAGAAAACACUUUCUCUGUCGAGAGGUGUGGGGAUGCUGCUGUAGCAUGUGCCCACACGGAAGAAGGAAGCGCUAAGCAGCCUCUGCCCAUAGACCAGGAGCCAGCAGAGACAGUGCUAGAAAUGAAGAAGUGCUUCCCAGUUGAUCUUGCAAGGAUAUAUCUCACACCACGACCACAGUGACAGGGCUUCUGCCACAAGCCUCUCAAAAAGAACCUUGACUGGGUCACUUCAGUUCCCCCUUGCCUGGUUUUCCUAACCAAGAGUUUUGGGGGAUGAUGCUCACUGGGGUAAACCUGAAGCAAAACUAAGCAACAGUGGGACAAAGAGGUAAGCAGAGGACGGACUCGUAGCAAAGACAGGAUAAACGCCAGUCUCUGCGUGAGUCCAUGGGUAGUGGAGGCUGUCCGUGCUGGACAGAACUGAAGUCAAAUGCAUCUGAGAAAUAAAUGGAAAAUCUGCGCUUAUUUCUCAGGGGUACAAAUGGCCUCAAUUAAAGAGAGGCAGGGCCUGGACCGCACAGGGUACUAUAACUGGAUCCAGAAAUGCAGACUGUAGGAAAUGCCAGGCUUCUCAAAUGAUCUCAGAAAGCUAGGGCUUUCCUUACACACUUACUAAGCAAACGUAUGCCUCUGGGGAUACCUGCUCACUUGUACAACAUCAGAAAAGGCCAUAACACAAGUGCUGCCUUUGAAAAUCAGCUCGCAUCUCCCUGAACGGGGACAGCUGGGAAGCCAGACUGGUUGCUAACUGCUCCAAGAGUAGGCUGUAAAAGCUCUGCAAGACUCCCUUACACCUGGUGUUUGCCUCUGCCAGCAGCAGAACUAACAAAGCCUGGUUUCCCCCAAAUGCGUGUUGUGUUCAUAACACCCCAAAACUCUCAUAAAACCCAGUCCCUUCCUAACAACAGCCCUUCAAGUCUUCCCCAUCUAAACAACCUUCCUCAACCUUUACUGCCUCUCAAGUCCUCAAGCCAUAAGCCCGGUAAUACAGUUCUGCACACUUCAGAGUUUCAUUGGUGCUGACUGGCUGGCCUGUAAGUACAUACGAGCCAGCCAGCUGACAGCAAAAACAAAACAAAAAUUUGUUGAGAUUAAAUCAGUCUUUUUGCAGAACCUGGUGUGAUUCCUCCCCAACUUUAUCUCAGUACUGAUGUCUCGCUUCAGCCUUCUUACCUCCUUAAAAGCUUAAAUAAAAUCAGCCUUCUUACCUCCUUAAAAGCUUAAAUAAAAUUAGCCAGCAGAUUCAGAAGUAAUUAACUAAUGGUAAGUACUGACAAUUAAAUAGCAUAAGUCUGAUUUCCACACAGGUCAGAUCCUCUACCUAGUUUAGGUGGCAUGGCUUCAGUGGCAUAACAUUGCUUUCCAACAGGAGAGGAUCUCUUCAGGGGCUCUUUAUUUACUGACAUACUUCCAACUCCCAAUGUCAAGUAUAAAAAUCGCCAACACCGCUGUGAUUCGCUACAAGAACCUCGGCCAUCCUGGGGACCUUCUUGGAUCUGGAGAAGAUCAGUUCUCUGACCCCGCAGCCUCAGGGAAAGGGUAAGGCCUGAGGCCUCACCACACCAAGUGAGUUGCUGCUCAUGUCAGUAGAGCCCAGAUUCAAGUUUGUCCCACUCCAUUCUCAAUCCGCCCCCUCACCGAAGCUGGUAACUCAGCUCUCAGUGGGUGGCCAUGCAGACUGAGGGAAGUCCCCUGCAGCCAGAGGUGAGAAUCCUCUGAAUAAAAAAAAACUAGCAGCAUCACAAAACACAGCUUUUAUUUCAUUGUCCUGUAACCUCUCAGUGAAUCAAACCGCAGCAACAGAAACACCACAGCAUCAACAAGGAGGCACUUUGACCUGGAAAGGAGAGAAUGAGACAUGUCCUCUCCCUCCCUUCUCCGAUUCUCCUCCCUCCUAAGUCUCACGGUAGAGCAGCUUGAUUCAUGCAAGUCGGUGAACCACAGGCCCAUGAUGGCAUUAUCACUCUAGCAGCAAGCAGAGGAAGUGGGAUCUGGCUGCAGCCAAAUAUUGGGGAGGAGCCUUGCUCCCAAUCUAGGGCUCAACAAUUACACUGCCUGGUUAGAAUUAAAGAAGGUGAUAGAGAGGAGGGCAAGGAGGGAGGAAGAGAGGUAAAGACGCACACAGAGACAGAUAUGCCCUAAAAUCCCACCUGCCUUCCCAGACUUUUUCCUCAGGACUGAUAUGCUUCAUUGAUCUA